CCGCCCCUCGGCCUGCCCUGCCCGGGCGCGGAGCCGCGCUUUCUUCCCGAGCCCGGAGCCGUCGGCGUCAGCGUCUGCGAUGAACCCGGUGAAUGCCACAGCCCUGUACAUCUCCGCCAGUCGCCUGGUGCUCAACUACGGCCCCGGGGAGGAUCCGCAGUGCCUGGCCGAGAUCGGCAAGCUGCUGCCCUACUUCCGGCAGUCGCUCUCUUGCUGUGUGUGCGGAAAUCUGCUGCAAGAUCCAAUUGCACCCACCAACUCCACAUGUCAACAUUAUGUCUGCAAAACCUGUAAAGGCAAGAAAAUGAUGAUGAAACCGUCAUGUAGUUGGUGCAAGGACUAUGAGCAGUUUGAAGAAAAUAAACAGUUAAGCAUUCUUGUGAACUGCUAUAAAAAACUAUGUGAGUACAUAACACAAACACCACUGGCACAAGAUAUUAAACAAGCUGUGGACAGUUCUCCAGAUCUUUUGACUUUGCUGAAAGACGGUUCUCCACUUUAUGAAGACCCAGAAAAAGCAUCUGAUGAAGGCUUGGCACUAUGUCUGACAUAUUCCCCAUCACCUUCAACUUCAGAGCAUCCUAAUGAGCCUCCAGUUAAUAAUUCUUCUGUACCCGAAAGCACAUGCGACUCAGAUGCAAAAGGCUUUGUUAUUAAUGGGUUGCCCAAUUGUAAUGGGCUGUCAACAGAUAAACUUGGAGGAAAUAUUCCUUCUCCUGAACAUGAACAUUCAGUUGAUGUAUGUAGUCCUGGACAUUACAUGAAAACUGAAGAUAUUUCUAGCAGUCUGCAGCCUAUCUGUGACACCGUUUCACCUACUGACUUGUGUGCAGAUAUAUGCAGUUUCAGUGAAGACAUAAAACCAGGUGAUUCUCUUUUGCUUAGUGUUGAGGAAGUACUGCGGAGCUUGGAGACUAACACAGAUGUCUGCAGUCCUAAUCUGCAGCACGGUUUGGAAACCAGUUUAUCAAAUGGUCCUUUUUUGCAGCUGUCCCCUCCACUUUCUAGCCAUAAUAUGUUCAUGUCAUUAGGUUCUUCACCUCAUGGGAUUUCAUGUACAGCUGCAACACCGAAGGUAGUUAAGUUAAAUAGAAAGCGAUCUCGAUCGGAAAGUGACAGCGAAAAGGUGCAACCUCUUCCAAUUUCCAGUAUCCUUUGUGGCCCAACGUUGGGAGCCUCAGCUCCAGUAAUGGUGAAACAGGAAGCUAAGAUGUCUUUGCAGCCUAUAGCAACUGUACCCAAUGGAGGCAGUGCUCCUAAAAUAGGCAAAAAUGUACUCUUAUCAAAUAAAAGCAUGAAGAAGAAUCUAGAUCAUACUGCCAAGAAAUCUCGCCCAAAAUCUAAAUCAGGAAUGCUGAAAACAAAGGAUAAAUCAAAAGGUAGCAGUCAUGUCAUGCCAGGAAGUCCAACAAAAACUGUAUAUAAAAAACAGCAAGAAAAGAAGGGGUGUAAAUGUGGCCGAGCCACCCAAAAUCCAAGUGUUCUUACAUGUCGUGGCCAACGCUGUCCUUGCUACUCAAACCGGAAAGCCUGCUUAGACUGCAUAUGCCGUGGCUGCCAAAAUUCAUAUAUGGCUAAUGGGGAGAAAAAACUGGAGGCAUUUGCAGUGCCAGAAAAAGCCUUGGAGCAGACUAGGCUUACUUUGGGCAUUAAUGUGACAAGCAUUGCUGUGCGGAAUGCCAGCACAAGUACCAGUGUAAUUAAUAUGACAGGGUCACCAGUAACGACAUUUUUAGCUGCCAGUACAAAUGAUGAUAAGAACUUGGAUGAAGCUAUAGACAUGAGAUACGACUGCUGAGUCAUUCUUCUUUUGUCUUUCUCCCCCCUUUCACCCUGCCCCCAGCCUUUGGUAGGGGGACUGCUACAAUUUUGAAGGCAGCUAUGGUUCUGUUUAACUUGCCGGAGCUCCUACAUAUAGAUCACUUGUAUCAAGUGUUUUUCAUUGCUAUGUUGUGUGUUAGUGUCUGGGAAAUAGUUUGACAGUAAUGCGGAGUUACCCUGAAACUGUCUUUAGUUCUUACAGCACCUCAUAGUUUCGGAUCAAAUGCUAAUGUAAAUGAUUUUUAAUACAGAUUGACUUCUUUGGAAAAUAUUGACCUUGUUGUACCAGUUCAUGCUUUGUGCUUAAUCAGAGGUUAAUUACAUAUACCGAAAUGGUUUCUAGUCAGUCCAUUACAGUUGUG